AUGUCGGUCCCACGGGCGCGGCUGCUAGAGCUGAUGAAGGCUCAAUGCGAGAUCUUCGCGACAACCUACAACCCCGAUGGCGUACGAAUGGGCAACAAGAUCCUGCGACAGCGAUUACGAGGGCCGACGAUGGCCAAGUACUACCCGCCGAAGGGGCCCAGUCUCCAGAACCUCUACUCGGAGUUCAAACAGCUCGGCCUAGAGGGUAUCAAUGAGGAGUGGGAGGAUUGGCAAGAGCAUCUCGCAGGGCGACAACAACGUGGCAAGGCACCGCCGAAGAAGAAGACAGGCCCUCCAGCACCUACGAAAGGCCAGAAAUGA